UUCCAACUGGAGAGGAGAACACUUUGGCACUGCUUUGAGUGAUAAGAGUCUGUUGUGAUGGGGGAGACAGGGCUGCUCAUCCUUCUGCUUGCAGGGUUUUGUGUGCCUGCUGACAACCGGAUCAGAAAACACGUAUUUGUGGAAACACUGAAGAGCUGGUCUGCAGCUCAGAGCUACUGUAGAGAGAAUCACACAGACCUGGUCACUGUGCACAGCCAGGAAGAAGCAAAGCAGCUCUUAAAUCUUACAGGAGCUUCUCUCAUUGCUGCUGCCUGGAUCGGGCUGUAUCGUGAUGACACACAGAACUGGCAGUGGUCUAACAGUGAUGAUGUCAUCUACUCCAACUGGAGGGCAGACCUCUUCUGUGCUUCUGUCAAUUCAGAGGGAAAGUGGAUUGAUUUACCCUGCCACCUUCAGAAAGCUUUCAUGUGCUACCAAGAGACCAGCAACAUCACUGAGAGAUACACCCUGAUUCAAGAACUGAAAACCUGGACUGAAGCUCAGCAGUACUGUAGAGAACACCACACCGACCUCGUCAGUGUAAAGAACACCAGUGAAAAUGAAGAACUAGUGAAGAAAGCGCAGGGCAAGCCCUUCUGGAUAGGCCUGUUCAAUGAGCCCUGGAAGUGGUCACACCAGGGGGAUAGCUACACAUUUCACACCUGGGUCAGUGGGGACCCAAACAAUUCGGGAGGAAAUGAGAACUGUGUGGUGAUGAGUAAGAGUGGUGGAUGGUAUGAUACUGCCUGCAACACUCUGCGCCCUUCCUUCUGCUGUGAGGGUGGCUCCUCUGGUCAUUGUUUCUAUGAAGGAAACAAGACGACAUGGGAGGAAGCUCAGAGCUACUGCAGAAAUCAAGGCAGAGACCUGCCCACCAUACAAGACCAGGCCAGGGUUAAUGAGCUUACAGGUCUUAUACCUACAACUAAUAACACCCUUUUCUGGAUCGGUCUGUAUCAUGACGAAGAGACCUGGCAGUGGUCCAAUGAAGAUGAUCUCAUCUACUCCAACUGGGAACCAUACCUCUUCUGUGCUUCAAUCAAUUCUGAUAGAGAGUGGGAGGAUUCAGUCUGCAGUGAGAAGAAAGCUUUCAUGUGCUACAAUGAGACCAGCAACAUCACUGAGAGAUACAGCCCGAUUCAAGAACUGAAAACCUGGACUGAAGCUCAGCAGUACUGUAGAGAACACCACACCGACCUCGUCAGUGUAAAGAACGCCAGUGAAAAUGAAGAACUAGUGAAGAAAGCGCAGGGCAAACCCUUCUGGAUAGGCCUGUUCAAUGAGCCCUGGAAGUGGUCACACCAGGGGGAUAGCUACACAUUUCGAAACUGGGACAGUAGGGAACCAAACAGUUGGGGAGGCAAUGAGAAUUGCGUGAUGCUGCUCAAGAGUGGUAAAUGGAAUGACUGUGGCUGCAACUCUCAGUUACCUUUCUUCUGCUAUGAUGAUCCCAAAACCACAAGCCCCCCUUCCACUCCGGUCUCUCAAGAAGCAGAAUUCUCAAGCCCAACUUCUACUAUGGUUGCUCAAGGCACUCCAGUCCCUGAGGAGCUCCACCCAAUCUCUCACAGUAUGGUCUGGCCAGAGGCUUGGCAGUACUGCAGGGAUCACUACACUGACCUAGUGAGCCUCACAAGCCUGGCUGCACAGAACAGAGUGUCGGAGCUCGUCAGGAACAGCACUGCAUCGCGAUUCUGGAUCGGCCUGCACAGAACCGUUGUGUAUGAUAACUGGUACUGGGUUGCUGGCAAGGAUAAGAAGGGGCCCCUAAACUACACUAACUGGGCCCCUGGAGAGCCCAACAAUCCUUACUAUGAGCACUGUGGGGAGAUGGUGCUGGGGGAGGAUGGGGGAGCUGAGUGGAAUGAUCUGUGCUGUUAUGAAAAGCUCCCCUUUAUCUGUUUCAAAGAUUAACAACAUCUCUGAAAGAUUUUACAGCAGUGGUUGUAAAACUAUUUCCAUUUGGGACUCCUUUUAAAGUCACUUUAGUCUGAAAAACAGCAUUUCCUCAUAAAUGAUAGAACUAUUUAAUUUGAAUUAUAUUGUGUGAAUAAUAAAGCAAACAGAAGUGUUGUAUGUGAGAGUUUGCAAUGCCAUGUCUGCUCUCUAUAAAGAGCUGCUGCAAUGCACUGCAGCCUUACGGAUGGUAGGUCUGCUUGUGAUGUGGUCGUUUGAAACCUUCCUGUGAACCCCCAGGGGGCCCCAACCUCCAGUCUGAGAACCACUGUCUCCACAGAACCCAGAGCUUUACUACAGGAAUAAUAUACCAAAAUACUAUAGAAGAAAAUCCUUUGUAGCAAUCUUUAAUGAUACACAUUAUUCUGAUAUUUCAUUGUAUUUGUUUAAUAUCAUAUUGUGCGUGUUCUGUGUGAUUCUCUAUUGCUUCAACUAAGAGCAUUAUCUGUUGUGCUUACUACCUACUCCAGCAAAAUGCCUCCUGAAAAGACUCCUCAAGGCUGAUUGUAAUGAAGUGAGGUGGGGAAGCAUAAUCAUGUUGCACAGUCUUCAGUGCACACUGCUUCUCCUAAGGGCUUCAGUGCUAAUAUGCUUCCCCACCUCACAGCCAGCCGUGAGGACUCUUUUCAGAAGCUGCUUCAAUUGUUUUUUAGUUCAUAAUCCACAGCUAUUUAAAAUAGUGUGUAGAUAAACUGCUGCAUCCUGGUACCUUUUCUGGAGGUUACAUGGUCUGACUGAGGACACAGCAGCAGCUUGGUUUAAAUAGAUUGAAGUGUACUAUAAUAAUAUUGCUGUGGUUAGUAAGAAAAUUGAUUUUAAACCUUGGCUAGCAGUCCUUUAAUACAGGAUACACUUAAGGGGAGAAGUACAAAUGGGGUAACUUGAUAUUUUUUAUUAUUCCUACUUGCUUUCCCCCCCCCCCCCCCCCCCCCCCC